GGCGCGUCGGAGCUCGUCUGAGAUCUGGCGUGGUGGGUUUUCACCAAGGUUUUCACCAUCGCAGACAAGCAGGGCAAUCAUCGAGGACGGACUUGCAACGUCAACAUUGUGUCCCAAACACAACGAAGAUGACAGACCAAAUGCAAAUAGACACCCCACCCCUCCUCUGUCCAGCAUCCUCGUCAAGAAUGGGGUCAUCCAGCGCAGGCACACCGUUCCCACUACCACCGUUACCACCAUUACAAACAACAGGAGAAGCAGACGAGCCGGAAGAAGCGGCACGGCUACGGUUCCAGCUAGAGUUGGAGUUUGUGCAGUGCUUGGCGAAUCCGCAGUAUUUGCAGUUCCUCGCACAACGGCAAUAUUUUGCAAACCCCAGCUUUCUUAACUACCUUGCGUAUCUGCGGUAUUGGCAGGAACCGCCGUAUUCCAAGUAUAUCACAUACCCGUACAGUCUGUAUAUGCUAGAUCUCCUCCAGCAUGCUGCAUUCAGGGAAGCCUGCGCGUCAGCGGAUACAAUGCGGUUCUUGCAUGAGAAGGAGUAUUGGCAUUACAGGACGUACCGGAAGAACAGGAUGCCGGAGUCGCAUCGGGCGUUAGAUAGUAUGUAACAUGUGGUUUACAGAGGGAAGGGAUCUUACGCUAGGAUUGCCGGCUUUUUGGAUUGGUCGAGUUGUGGCGCAGAGUGGCGAAAGGAAACAUGUACAUUUU